AUGAAAUGUUCUUAUCAAUCUAAUGUAAAAAAUAGUAGAAAGAUGAAUAGUAAUUAUAAAUCAUCUCUUAAUAAAUAUUCUAAAUUGAUUAGAACUGAGUACAUUAUUAGGAAGAGGAUAAUAUUAUAUUAUGUUUUUUUUAAUGUGUUAUUUUUUGUUUGUUUUAUUUUUAUAUUUACAAGAUCGAACCAUGGUCAAUUUUAUGAGACAUUUAAAAAUAAACCUAAUAUAAUAAGCAUAUGUAAUAAAAGACUUAAUAGAUCUUUGUAUGAACACGAAAUAAGAUGUAAUUCAAAUGAUGUGAAUAAUAUUUAUGUAAAUGAUCAAAAUAUACUAAUUGAUAAUUAUAAUAAUGAUAUAGACUAUUUUAAUGAUUGUGUAAAAAAUGAUAAUUUAAAUAACUCUGAACAGAUAAAUAUAAACAAUGAAAUAAUAAAUACAAAAUGCAGUGUAUUAUUAAGAAAACAAAGAGUACUAUAUGAAGAAAAAGCCGAUGCUGUUACAACAAGUGAAGGUGCUUCAGAAACUUUAGGGGAUAUUCGUAAUAAAUUAAAAACAAGAACAGAGACACCUGAUGGAAUUACAUACGACAAUAGUAUGUACGGACCAAUGAAAGGAAAAAUAGAUAAUUUAAGUAACAAACAAAAUAAAUUAAGACUACCAAAUAAGGUGGAGCAUGAAAAAAAAUUAAACCCUCCUACCAAUACAAAUGAUACACGUAAAAUAAAUAAAACCAAUUUUAAACCCAAACCUAAAGUUAUUAAUUUCACGCAUGGUGGGAUGAAUAAUAAACGUAUAGUUGAAUAUGAAGUAGUUCCUAAAAUUGUUACAACGAAAGAUGAGGGCAAUAGAAAAAUUAAUAGAGUUGAAUAUGAAUUAAGAGCAAAAUAUGAAACAACAAAAAAUUCUGAGGAAAACAAUAAUGAUACAACAACAAAUGAUAUAUCACCUAAAAUGGAAACAAAAAAUGAAUAUGUAAUUGGAAAUUCAAAUGGUACAAACGAAGUGAAGGAAGAAAAAAUGAAUAUCACACAACAAAGUAGAUUAAAUAAUAAAUGUAGUAAUAUGAAUGGAGUAAAUUUGGUUGUUCCUACUACUAAACAAAACGAAUUAAAAAAUCCAUGUAAUAAUAAUCAAAUGAAAGAAGGAAUAAAUCCAUUUAUCGAUGAUGAUGUAAAUGAUAAGAAAGAUAAUUUACAAGAUAGUUAUAGGGUAUUAAAAAAAGGUACUAAUCCCUUUAUAGAUGAAGAUGAAUUAGAGGAGAUACUUAAACAAGAAAGAGAAGAAAAAAUUAGAAAUGAGAAAAAAAAAAGUAGACGUCAUAAAAAAAAUAAAAAAAAUAUUACAAAUAAAUUAGACAGCCCAAAUGUACCAAAUAUACAAUGUAAUAAAAAUGUAAAUUUAAAAAAAAGUAAUAAUGAAACUAAAGAAACAUCAAACAUUAAUACAUCUAUGGAUUAUAAAGUGAAGAAAAAAAACUAUGACGAAAAUAAUAAUUCUGUAAAAAAUUCAAAAUUUAAAGACGUUUUGUUAGAUGUAGCCAAAGAUAUUGAAAAUGGAAUUACAUCAGAUAUGCUUAAUAAUAAUCAACAAAGAAAAAAUUUAAAAAGCGAAUCGAUUAAACAAAAUGAAUUAGAAAAUAAAAGUGCAAGAAAUAUGGAUGAUAGUAAAAAUUUAUUUGAAAAUGGGUAUGAUUUAAAAACAGAAUCAGAAAGAUUUUUUAAUAGGACAAAAGAAAGUGGUUUAUAUUAUACAGAUGAAUAUGAGAGUGAGUUGAAUAAGGAGUAUGAUAGCUAUUCUGAUAGAGGCUCUACAUCUAUGGAAUACGAUGAAUAUUAUGGUGAAUAUUGCGAUUAUGAUGUCUAUGAUGAUAAUUAUGUGGGAAAUCCAAUGAAAUUAUUUACAAGUGAUAUAAUGAGUAAGUAUGGAAAUAUUAAAAGUGGAUUAAAACAUAAUACAAAUAAAAUUGCAAAGACUGUUUUAAAAAGCAUAGAUGAUAUAGAGGAUGAAGGACCAUCCAUUAAAGAAAAGAAUAAAAAUAAUAAUAACAAGAAAAAAAAUAAAAUUGUAAUUGAUAAAGAAGAUAUAUCUGAUAAUGUGUCUGUGAAUUCAACAGAUUCAGAAGGAUAUUAUAACAAUGAAGAUUAUUAUAGAAAUGCUAAUUAUUAUGGAAGCCAACAUUAUUAUGAUAGUGACAUGUACAGUAAUAGUGAUGAUUCUGAUAGCGAUGAUGGUAAUCCUAUUUCUGUUCUUGCAUCAGAAAUAGUAGAUGCCUAUGGAAAUAUAAAAGGGGGUGCAUUAAAAGUUAAAGAUUUAAUUACUGAAGGUGGACCACAACUUUUAGAUAUGACAGCAAAUAUGGUUGGUAACAAGACUAAAGAUGGAUUAAACAAAGUAAAGGAAAUUGUUAGUAAGAAAUGUGGUAUCGAUGUAGAAUCUGAUAUUGAUUUAGAGACUGAAACGAAUCCACUGAAGUGGCAUGAAGUAAUAAGAAAAAAAUAUAGAAAGUUGCAUUUUGGAUGGAAGUUGUUUUUAAAUAUUGGACCUCCAGCUGUAUUAGCAAUUAUAGGGGGUGUAGUCGCUGGAGUUACUGGUGGUACGGGAUUUUGCUCAAUACCAUUUGUGGCUAUGGCAGCAAUUCUGUUUUUUCAGGUUUAUAGAUUAACAAAAAAACAUUAUUAUAGUAAGAAAAAAAUAGGCAUUAAAAAUCUAUUUUAG